AUGGCAGACCCUUCCGCUGGCUCUGCCUUUUUCCCUUACUACGAUCACCACCACCCUUUUGAUCACCAUUUGCCCUUCGAUCAAAUCCCCUUUUUCUCCCCGCCGGAGUUGGAAACGACGACUCUACAACCCCAAUCUGAUUUUGCAUUCGACGGUGGCGAUUUCGCCGAUAAUAAUAUUGUAUGCCCCUCCCAUCUCCUAGAGGAUCCUGUUGUUUCUACAACGUUUGGAGAAGUUAAGGAUGUUCCACAAGUCUGGUCGGACGUGGAAAAUCCUACGUCCAUAUCCGCUUGGCCGCCGGCAAUGGCGUCUAUAUGCAAUAAUUCUUGUCAAGUUCUCCGAGAAAUCACUCAUACAAAUGGUUUGUAUAUAUGGAGGCUUGAGAUUCAUGGAGGCCUUGGGAUGAUCGCUCAUGUGUUACUAGAGAAAUGCAGUUUGGAUUUUUCGUCUCAAAAUCCCGAGUACCAGACCUUUGAUUUUUCCCAGGAAAGCAUGAGUGCAGUGAAGCAAUUCUUAGUUGGGUAUUUUGAGGACCGCAAACAGGAGGGAUACGUGGUGCUUGAAGAUCCACUCUGGGAAUUCUAUGAAGCUUUGAGUGUCGGUCAUGGUGGGGGUGAACAUAUGGACAUUGACACCUUCUUCCAACUUCCCCCUACUACACAUUCAGGGAAUUACAAUGAAGAAGCAGAAAUAGGAGGAGGAGGGGUGGAAGUUAAAGCUCAGAAGAUCCCCCUUUCAGCUCAGAGGGAAAGAACGGGGAAGCUGAGACUAAAAGACUUCGCAGGGUACCUUCAUCUGCCCAUAGAGGAAGCCGCGAGAAGAAUGAACAUUUGCCCAACAGUGAUGAAGAAGAUAUGCAGGAGAGAUGGGCUGCUGCGAUGGCCUUACAGAAAGAUAAGGAGCAUUCACAGGAAAAUCUCCAACAGAUCCAAGACCCUAUCUGCAGGGAACGUCGACGCGCAAGAAAGGGAGCGUGCCCAAGCAGAUAUCCUCGACCUUCAACAACAACUCGCCACCAUUUCUGAAGCUUUCUUUGAUUGAUCAUUUCUUUAUGUUUCCUUCAUUUUUUUUUACAUCCUGU